CGAGAGAGAAGUCUAACCAUGAGCAGCGAUGCCUUCGAUGAUCAAUAUGAAACCUGCGCUGAAGAAAUGGAAUCCAGAAUAUUACAGGGGGGGCUGUUAAAUCAGGAAAAACAGGGCAACUUAGAACUGAACAAAGCCUGGAAUGAAGCAGCAGAGAAAUGGGCAUCAAUGAAAGGGCAAGUGAGUGUUCCGAAGGGCUUCCGAGAUGAGUAUGGGGUCGCCAUCUUGGUGUACACUAAUAAUCAGAGUAAAGUUUAUUACAAUUUCAAUGAAGCUGUGAGAAGUUAUGGCUCCAAGAAUGGUGGGUUCCCUUAUCACUCUCUCCACUUCUUCCUCACGAGAGCGGUGCAACUGCUGAGGUCCAGUUGCUAUUGGAAACCUUGGUGGGUCUAUAGAGGGAUGAAAAAUAUCCACUUCCGGCCUGAGGAGAACAUCAGGUUUGGGCAGUUUUCCUCUUCUUCCACCGACAAGAAAGUCGCUCUGGGCUUUGGCAAUCAUUCCUUCUUCACCAUCACAAGCUGUUUUGGGGUUGACAUUGGAAGGUUCUCCUACUUCCCAGACCAGAAAGAGGUUCUGAUUCCAGUGGACGAGGUGUUCAAAGUGAUCAGCACGACAAAGCAAGGAGACUCUAACCAACACGUACUUGAGACCACCAGGAGAAGGUGCCACCACUACAACUGUCACUAUCUAAGUGGUUUCCCCAAAAUCUUCCCCUGUCCCUCAGGUUCCUCCAACACUCACAUUCAGGACUCUUAA